AUGAAUCCAGCCAUCUCCAACUUGGCCAUCAUGUUGAUCAUGAUGCAAGUCUCCAAAAAAUUGAACUUUGAGGAUCCAAAUGUUGUUUUCUAUGUUAGAGCUGCAUUCGUUACUGCUACUUUAUUCACAUUAGGUGUUUAUUUCUAUACAAAGAGUAUUAUCAACAGAAAGAAUGAUUUAACUACAUUAAAAUUCGUUACACCUCCAAAUGCCAUGGCUGGUGAAACUGAAGAAAAAUUAGAAGUUACUACUGUUAAAGAUUACGAUUUGAAACAAGUUGAAGCUGCUAUUAAAGGUGUUUACACCAGUUUAGCCAUGAUGGCUUUUAUGCAUUUAUACAUGAAAUACACCAAUCCAUUAGUUAUGCAAUCCAUUUCACCAGUUAAAUCUGCUUUGGAAUCAAACAUUGUUCAAAUUCAUGUUUUCGGUAAAGCUGCAAGUGGCGAUUUGAAAAGACCUUUCAAAGCUGCUUCAAUGUUUGGUGGUUUUGGUGGUCAAGAUACUGUUAAAACUGAUAAACAUUCUAUUGAACAAGCUGAAAAGGCUGGUAAUGGUGGUGUUAAACAAGAAUAG